CGGCCCAGGCACGUCAGCGCCGCCUGGCCCCGAGCCCGCAGCCAGCGCCGCCCAUCGCUCCCUGGGCGCUGCCUCAGUUGCUUAAAUAGCGGCUCCCGCCGCCGGGCCGGCCAGCAUGAGCCCGGCGCGCUGCCACACCGCCGUCUCCGCAGGAUUUAACAUGUUGACACCCUGCAUGAUUUAUCAUUCAGACAAAAAAAAGAGAAAUAAUAAUAGAGGCAGUUGUAAUAAUUGGACCCACAACUUUACCCUAACAGUGAGCUCAACUGUAAAAAGUCUACCUCUCUGAACACUAACAGGAGAUGAUAUCUUUCUCCUUUGCAUGAAGAGACAUUUUUGUAAUGUGUGCAGUUGCUGUUCCCAGACCUGGUGGGGAAGAAAAUAAUGGACAUCAUAGGAAGUUUUUUUUCCUUUUUGUUUUUGGAGUUGCAUUGCUGUGCACUGGAUUUCUGCUUUCAGUCUUUAUUUUACAGACGUGCCCAUCUGGAACCUUCAAUGAUUGCAACAGGGCCCUUAAGAUUGCUGGGCCUGUGAUUGUUGCUGUUGGAUUAGUUUGUGGCUUACUGGCACAAUCAAGAGCUAGGCUGUACCUAAGUCAGAGGCAGAUGCAAGGUGAGCAGGUGUACAGGCUCAUUUUUUGUCAAGGGAACUGUCAGUUUGCCCAGUUUCUUAUCUUUGGGUUUUUGUUUUUAGCUAGUGGAGUGCUAAUUAGUUUCCUGGGCGUUUGGGUUCCUGGAUGUAGCCCAGGAAGGCACAGCCUACAGUAUAAUCAAACCAGCACUUCUGAUGUUGAACUCCCAGGCUGUGGAUUUCUGCCUCUUCAAAUCAUGGGUCCUUUGAUUGUGCUUAUUGGAUUAAGUUUCUUUGUAAUAGCUCAUAUUAAAAAGAAAACCAAUUUAAAUCUCAGCCAAGAAUCUUCUGAAAAUGGAGAACAGCCUCAGAGUCCAGAAUCACUUCAAGUUACAGCAGGUGAUGCUGUAAUGACAUUCCCACCCCUCCCACCACCUUAUUUUGCUGACUCUCUAUCACCACCUGUAACUCAGAAGCCACUUGCCACAGAGCUGCCUAUGAGUGAAAAUCCUCCUCCAUACCACAGUAUUGUAAAUAAUGGGGCACAACUUGCACAUGUUCAAGGAAUGGUUUCUGUUAGAGAUUACGAACCACUAUAUGCAAUUCCCGGGAGCAGUUCAUCUUCAGACAUCUUGCCUACUCUGCAUCUUUCAUCUGAAUUACCUCCAAGAUAUGAAGAAAAAGAAGCAACAGUAAAUAGUGAAUAUUCUUCUGGCUCCUCCAUGGCUUAGCCUCUUCUGAGCCUUCCCACAAAGAACUGUGAACUAAAGUUCAUUUUUCUAUGGAAUUGUACACUACAAUUUUAAAGUUUUAAACUUAUUUUUAUAAUAAAAUUGUUUUAAGGUUAUAGAUGCAACCAUUACAACAAAACUUAAAUUACCAAUUUGGGUUUAGAGAAAUAUUAUGUAACCCUAGGCUUUUUCGGACAACAGUACUCAACAGUUUGGUGAACUGCAACAGC